CAUGCACUGAUUGCCUGAAGGAGCAACGACUCUGUCUCAUUUCGUACGGACAAUACCGAUUAAAGACCACGGCAAAGGCGUCGUCGCCUUCCUCCUCCCAUCGACUCAAACCGCCACUUCUUGCUCUCACGUUAUCUUCCGAGCUCUCUUUCAUGGCGGACAAAGGCAAACUCGCCUGUUUCUUCAUCUUUUUUCUCUGUCUCUACCCGUCUUUGGAGGAACAGACGUGGGUCAAGUCCGGUUACUUCUACGCCGGCAGCGAAAUCCCGGUAUCGGACAUCGAUUCCUCCCUGUUCUCUCACCUCAUAUGUGCUUUUGCUUCCAUCGGCUCUUCGACCCAUCCACUCUCCUUCAACGCCUCCUUUGAACAAAUCUUCUCCACCUUCACGAGCACCGUGAAACGCAAGAACCCUUCGAUCACCACGCUGCUAUCAGUGUGGGCAGGCGGAGAGGCUUCUUCAGCUUUGGCUUCGAUGCUCGGCGAGUUUUCUUCAAGAAGUUCCUUUAUCGAGUCUACGAUAGAAAAGGCAAGGCUUUAUGCGUUCAGUGGGAUUGAUCUCUUUGGGGUCUUGCCCAGUGGGAGCAUUAACAUGACCAAUUUGAGUGCUCUUUUGGGGGAGUGGAGAGAUGGAGUAGAUGCCGAAUCAAGAAAAUCUGGGAAACCUCGGCUGCUGCUGGUAAUGGGUGUGUAUUGUCAAGCCAUUGUUGACUCUGUGAGUUACCCACUUGACUCAAUUCAGAGAUAUUUGGACUGGGUCCACCUAAUUGCUUACGAUUACCAUCUCCCCACCAGGGAAAAGUUUGCCCUCCCUCAUGCAGCUUUAUUUGACCCAGCUAGCCAUAACAACACAGACUUCUGCAUAACUUGGUUGUUGACUAGAGGAUUUCCUGCAAGAAAGCUGGUUCUGGGCUUGCCCUACCAUGGCUAUGCGUGGCAGCUCGAGGAUUCAAGAGACGAUGCCAUUGGCCAUCCAACGGUGGGGCCUGCUGUGACGGCGGAUGGGUCAUAUGGAUAUAAGACCGUAAGAUCAUUCAUCCGAGAUUUUGGUUAUGGAGCCAGUUCUGUAUAUAAUGGUACAUAUGUAGUGAAUUUUUUCAGAAAGGGGUUGAUAUGGAUCAAUUUCGAUGAUGUGGAGGCCAUUCGAGCCAAAGUAACUUAUGCCAAGGGAAAAGGGCUUCUUGGUUACAAUGUGUUUCAGGUUGGCAAUGAUCAGAACUGGGUUCUUUCCAGGACAGCUCAAGAAGCCAGUGAAGAUCAGCAAGAGAGGCGAUGGUUCCGGCUAGUUAUGCUUAUUUCGAUUGCUGUAGUUGUUCUCCUUAUAUUUGGCCUGAUAUGCUACUUACAGCGGAGAACAUUGAAAUCAAAAGGUAUUUCGGGUGUAAUAAAAGGAUUUAGUAGCCGAUUAAAGACGAUGGUGCGUAAAGGUGAAAGUCUUGAGAGUGGUGCUCCUAAUCUGCAAACAUUUGGUUAUGCCACCCUCAGAGUAGCAACUGAUAACUUCUCGAGUGAAAAUAAGCUUGGACAGGGUGGAUUUGGACCUGUUUACAAGGGCAAGUUGCCCAAAGGAAAGGACAUUGCAGUGAAGAGACUUUCGAAAACUUCAAACCAAGGGUUCGAGGAGUUCAAGAACGAAGUUAUGCUCGCUACCAGCCUGCAACAUGUCAACCUUGUUCGCCUUCUUGGAUUUUGUACCGACAGGGAAGAAAAGAUGUUGAUCUAUGAGUACAUGCCAAAUAAGAGCUUGGACUUCUACCUAUUUGAUCCAAUAAGGAAAUAUUUGCUGGAUUGGGUGAAACGUGUUCAUAUCAUAGAAGGCAUUACACAGGGGCUUCUUUAUCUCCAAGAAUACUCGAAUUUUACAAUAAUUCAUCGAGACUUGAAAGCCAGCAACAUUCUGCUGGAUGAUGAAAUGAACCCCAAGAUAUCAGAUUUUGGUAUGGCGAGAAUAUUUAGGAAGGAUGACCUUGAGGCAAAUACCAGCCGAAUUGUCGGGACUUACGGGUACGUUCCGCCAGAAUACGUGAGGAAAGGCAUAUACUCAAUGAAGUACGACGUCUACAGCUUCGGGGUAUUGCUGUUGCAAAUCAUCAGUGGUAAAAGGACCUCAUGUUACUACGGCCCGAAUGAAAAUCUGAAUCUUCUCGAAUAUGCAUAUGAGCAGUGGAAAGACGAGAAAUGCAUGGAGUUCAUUGACCCAUCUCUGGAUGACUCUUCAUCAUCUUGUAAGCUCAUGAGAUGCAUGCAAGUGGCUCUUCUAUGCGUGCAAGAGAAGCCUGGGGACAGACCCUCCAUGUUAGAAGUGUCUUCAAUGCUCAAGAAUGAAUUUUCAGCUGUAAAUUUCCCCAAGAAGCCUGCAUUUUCAAUUAAGAAGGAUGAAGAUGAAGACGAAGACGACGAGUGCUUGCUCAAGGAAGCAAUUCAUUCAGUCAACGAUGCAUCCACUUCUGAAUUAUUUCCUCGUUGAUUAUACAUUGCAUGUAUCCAAUUCUGUGAAUACCAACGCCAUAGAGAGAAUCUUUUGUUAAAUAUUUGGUUGCCUAGUACUUCGUUUGGCCCAGGAUAGGUUAAUCAAAAAGUAAAACGAAACAGAGAUGAUUUCUGGCAUUAUUUUCCCCAUUUAUUGUAAUAUUUUUCGACGUCUGUAUAAUUUGUAAUCCUCUAGAGCCAGUUCAAGUGUUCAUUCUUUCGUCUUGUAACAUAUAAAGCUAUGAAUAAUCCGUCAGUAUAUACCCUGCGGGGUCUUAAAGCUACAAUUGUCACUU